GUGAGUGUUUCCGGGUGAUAGCUUUUCCGCGCCUUUUUCUUCAAAAAGAUGGUGCCAGUAGAUAAUCAGUAUGAUGCGGCUGAAUUACCAGAUUUGCUUCCUAUUUAUUACAAACGUCUUUUCCCAUAUUCCCAGUACUUCAGAUGGUUAAGCUAUGGUGGUGUCUCCAAGACCUAUUUCCAGAAUAGAGAAUUCUCCUUCACCCUGAAAGAUGAUAUCUACGUGCGUUAUCUGUCCUUCAAUAAUCAAAAUGACCUGGAGAAAGAAAUGCAGAAAAUGGUUCCUUAUAAGGUUGACAUUGGAGCUGUUUACUCAAACAAGCCUAGCCAACAUAAUUCUAUGAAGUCAGGAACCUUCCAUGCUGAGAGUAAAGAGCUGGUUUUUGAUAUUGACAUGACAGACUAUGAUGAUGUUCGAACCUGUUGCAGCUCUGCAGAUAUUUGCCACAAGUGCUGGACACUAAUGACCAUUGCUAUCAAGAUUCUGGACAGAGCAUUGGAAGAGGACUUUGGGUUUCAACACCGGCUCUGGGUAUACUCUGGCCGAAGAGGGGUCCAUUGCUGGGUCUGUGAUGAUAAUGCGCGGAAGCUUUCCCAGGCAGCUCGGUCUGCUGUUGCAGAGUACCUGAGUGUCGUCAAGGGUGGAACGGAUACAAUCAAGAAAGUACACCUGAAUAGUCCCAUUCAUCCUUCUAUUCAGGAAUCUAUCACAGUGAUUGAUAGCUAUUUUGAAGACUACGCUCUGAACAAACAAGACCUCUUUGGCUGUAAGGAAACUUGGCAGAAGGUCUUAGCUCUGGUUCCUGAUGAGUUUCAUGAGGGAUUGCAAAUGGAUUUUGACAAAGCACGAAAUGCAACGGAACGCUGGAAAUUGUUGCAACGUGCUUUAACCAAACCUACUGUGUGCCACCUUGACCAAGAAUAG